AUGGCUACUAAGCUUGCAGCUCUUGGCUUUAUUGUCCUCCUGAGCAUUGGGUUUACCGAUGCUUCGAGGAUGCUCGCUAGCUCAUCUAGUGCAUCAGGAGGAGGAGGUGGGGGAGGCGGCGGAGGUGGUAGUGAUGGCGGGAGUGGUUGGGGCUCAGGAGGUGGAAAAGGUGGUGCCUCGGGAUAUGGUGGAACUUUUACAUAUGGGGGUAGCCAGAAUAACUAUGCCCAGGCAGCUGGUGGAGGAGGAGGAGAAGGCGCCGGUGGUGGUUCAAAGGGUGGAGCCGGAUCUGGUUCUGGGUCUGGCUAUGGUUCCGGCACUGGUGCGAGUGGUUCGGCAUCAGCCCCUACCGGGAAUGGGUAUGCCAAUGCUAAUGGUAAUGGUGGGGGUGAAGGCCAAGGUGCUGGUGCCGAUGGAACUAGCGGAAAAGGGUCGGGGGAGGGCGGCGGUCAAGGAAGUGGUGAGAGUGGCGUAGCGCUAGCACCGGCUCCUGGUGCUGCUGGUGUCAGCUACUCUGAUGCGGGCGGCAGUGGUACCGGUGGUGGCGGUGGAGACAAUGGAAAUGGAGGUGGCAAAGGAGCUGGAGCUGGGCAGGCCUCCAGCGACGAAACUUCUGGAGGCAGCGCCAGUGGACAGGGUAGUGGCGACGGUGGUGGCAUUGUUAAGGGUGUCGCUCAAGGUCCAAGCGUCGGUGUUGGGAGCGGUUCUGGCUCCGGAGGUGGACAGACCGGUAGCUCUGGUACUUCUGGUUCAGGCUAUGCCACCGGAGAAGGAGUUGGCGGUGGUGGUGGCGCAGGUAGUAGCGAUAAUGGCGGGACAGGCAGCGGUGGAGGGACCGGGUCUGGAUCAGGCAGCGGGGGAUACCAUUGA